CAUUUAAUCAUGUGCACCUAUCGCAUAUGCGCAAUUUCAAGGUGUUUUGAAUUAAAAGUUGGCGGUGAAUUAAGAAUUUUUUUCUUACAAGAUGGAUCUUCUAGAGACCACGUUAAAAGUGAUCGAAAAUUUGAGUGUUGUGCGUGAAAACUUGAGCUCCUACGAAUUAAAUUUAAAGCAAUGCGAAGAAUACAUAAAUCAGCUGAAAGAAAGCUUGCAAGAAACGCAGUCAGAAAACAUACAAAACUUGGAAAUAUUGGAAAUUAACAACUUGACCAAAAAUGCCUUUAACGAAAAUUGCAGAUUGGUGAAAAAACUUUUUGGUCAAGUGUAUGAUUACGCUCAGGAAAUCGAAAAUAAAUUGAAUAAGAUUUUGCAAGAAGAAAAUGCAUUAAAUGAGUCUUUUAAUGAAAACUCUGAGCGCAUCCAACGAUUAGAAAACACAUUUAUCAAUGAAACUAAACUGUUGGGGAUUUUGGAAAAGGAUGUGGGCGAUAAAGUGGCAAAAGAAUCUCUUGAAAUAGAAAGCACCAUCAGUAACAUCAAAACUGAACAAAAACAAUACGAGGAGUUGUGGAGAGAUGUUAUGGAUGAGUUCGAAAACAAGCAAAAGACGCUUCAGACAAUUAAGCUGGAAACUGAGAUGUUACAAGAUAAAGUAGAUACGGAAAAUCAUCAGGUGGAAACACUUGCUCAAGAAAAUAGAAAGACAAACUUAAAUCUAUUUGAAGAGAUAAAAGACGAAAUCAUCAAAAAGGACAGAUUGCUUGAGUCGGAGACGGAAGAAGUCCUAAUUUUGUCGCACAAAUGUAAGGAAAUAUUUAAAAGUAAAGAAGAGUUUAUACAAAAACAAGCUGAUAUGCGGAAGACUUUAGAAUUACUGAACGUGAAAUGUAUGAACACAGAAGUCUGUUUAAGAGCAACUGAGGCAGAAAAUAAAAAACGAAUUGAGCUUUUACAUUUGGAUAUUGAUUCAAAAACUAAAAUUAUAAAUGACAAGGAAAAUGAACUUUUGGCGUGUGAGGAAAAAAUAAAAACAUUAAACGACGAAGUGGAACAUAUCACAUCAAAAAUUGCGGCACUUGAGAAUGAGCUUCAUUCACUUUCAGGUCAUGCUAAUGAGAACGAGAAAAAAAUUGCCGAAGAAGUAAAUAAUCCAUACAAUUCACAAGAGAUUGAUAGUUUAACAAACAAAUCAAUGGAGUUACGAGAAUUGCUAUCAAAGUGCGAAGAGGAAAUUCGUGAAAAAGAAAAUGAGCUUAACGUAAUAAAGACAGUUCCCAGUUUGGAGUUAUCCGAAAUCAAGAGUAAAAUGCAACAGCUGGAACUGGAAUCUGCUGAAAACAUUGAACUAAAGCAGGCUAUUGAAGAAAAGGUAUUGGAUAAUAAAAAUCUGCAACAAGCUGCUGAAAGCCACCAAAUUGCUUUAAAAGAGUUUGAAAUGAAAAAGAUUCAAUUGAACGCUGACAACGAACUGUGUCAGCAAGAAAUGAAAAACCUGAUCUUGCAAUGUGACAAUAUUGAGAAGGAAAUUCAGCGACUUGAAGCUUCGAAACAAAAAAGUAUCAAAAUAACUCCCACACCUCCUCCUAAGUCUUUGACGCCCAAACGAAUGCCAACUCCACCUAAACGCAAACGUAAAAUUGAUAAUGAAAGCGACAGUGACGUAGACGGCGAGAGACUGAGUUAUGGAGAAUUCAUGUCCAAGAAAACAAAUAAUUCAAAACAAAAAUGGUAAAAAAUAA